GUGGUCUGUGUUUGUUUGUAGGUGAAAGUUACACAGGAGCUGAAAAACAUCCAGGUGGAGCAGAUGACAAAGCUGCAGGCCAAGCAUCAGGCAGAAUGUGAGCUACUUGAGGAUAUCAGAGCGUUCAGUCAGAAGAGAGCUGCGAUCGAGAAGGAAUAUGCACAGAGCAUUCAGAAGCUGGCUAGCCAGUACUUGAAGAAGGACUGGCUGGGAAUGAAAGCUGAUGAACGAGCUGAUUAUAGGAGCAUGUACUCCGUUUGGAAAUCACUCCUGGAAGGCACAAUGCAGGUGGCCCAAUCCCGACUCAAUAUCUGUGAGAACUAUAAGAACUUGAUUUCAGAACCAGCCAGGACUGUAAGGUGCUUCAAGGAACAGCAGCUGAAAAAGUAUGUGGACCAGCUGACACGGAUCCAAGCGGAGUUACAAGAGACAGUAAAAGAUUUAGCUAAAGGCAAAAAGAAAUAUUUUGAGACUGAACAGAUGGCUCAAGCGGUGCGGGAGAAAGCUGAUAUCGAGGCCAAGUCCAAACUUAGUCUUUUUCAGUCAAGGAUAAGCUUACAAAAGGCAAGUGUAAAGUUAAAAGCACGACGGUCGGAGUGCAAUUCGAAGGCUAUCCAUGCAAGGAAUGAUUAUCUUCUCACUCUAGCAGCUGCUAAUGCACACCAAGACCGCUACUACCAAACAGACUUGGUGAACAUUAUGAAGGCUCUGGAUGGGAACGUAUACGACCACCUGAAGGAUUAUUUAAUGGCAUUCAGCAGGACUGAACUCGAGACGUGCCAAGCUGUACAGAACACCUUCCAGUUUUUACUGGAGACUUCCAGCAGGGUGGUGCGAGAUUACAAUCUACAGCAGUUUUUACAGGAGAACUCUGUGUUUCACAAACCACAGCCCUUCCAGUUCCAACCGAGCGACAGCGACACUAGUUUUAACACGGUUCAGCUGGUGGACAUCGAGCCCUCACCUGUCAGUGCCAUGCGAAUGACUAUAGCAGAGAGUCGACAACUGGAAUCGGAAACUGGAACGACCGAAGAGCACAGCCUCAACAAGGAGGCUCGGAAAUGGGCGACCCGCGUGGCCCGCGAGCACAAAAACAUCAUCCACAGCCAGAGGACACUUGAAGAGCUGGAGUGCCACGGGCCUGUGAUGUCUGAACAAACCCGAGUGGAACUGGAGCAGAAAAUAGAUGAAGCCAGAGAGAGCAUUCGCAAGGCUGAGAUCAUUAAGCUGAAAGCAGAAGCCCGUCUCGAUCUCCUGAAGCAGAUCGGGGUCUCCGUGGAUACGUGGCUAAAAAGUGCAAUGAACCAGGUGAUGGAGGAGCUGGAAAACGAGCGCUGGGCCAGCCUGCCCUCGGUGACCAACAACGGCUCUGCACACCUGAUUAAUGCUGAUGCAGAGAAGGAAGAAGGUGAAGAGUUUGAGGACAGCAUGGAUGUUUUUGAUGACAGCAGUUCUAGUCCUUCUGGUACUCUUAGAAAUUACCCUCUCACCUGCAAAGUCGUUUAUUCCUAUAAGGCUUCUCAGCCAGAUGAAUUGACCAUCGAGGAACACGAGGUAUUGGAGGUGAUUGAAGAUGGAGAUAUGGAAGACUGGGUAAAGGCGCGGAAUAAAGCCGGCCAGGUGGGCUACGUCCCUGAGAAGUACCUGCAGUUCCCAACAUCCAGCAGCCUGCUGAGCAUGCUGCAGUCCCUUGCUGCACUGGACAGUCGGUCCCACACCUCCAACAAUUCCACAGAGGCUGACCUGGUGUCGGGCAGCCUGAAUGGAGAUUCCAGUGUCUGUUUUGUGAAAGCACUUUACGACUACGAGGGGCAGACAGAUGACGAGCUGUCCUUCCCAGAAGGAGCCAUCAUCCGCAUCUUGAACAAGGAGAAUCAGGAUGAUGAUGGCUUUUGGGAAGGAGAAUUCAAUGGGCGUGUUGGGGUGUUCCCAUCGGUGUUAGUUGAAGAACUGACGGCCUCAGAAAAUGGAGAGACUCAGUGGAUUGGAGAUAUUCAGGUGUCCCCCACCCCAAAGCCGAAUCACACCCUUCCGCCGCUGCCGCUGUACGACCAGCCUCCCGCCAGCCCCUUCCACAGCCCGGACAAAAGAGGCUCCCAGUACUUCCCCAGGUCACCAUCGACUAAUGAAAACAGCUUCAGCUCAGAGUCCCCUGGGUUCUCACAGCCUCCACGACUUCCUCCUGAAACUUCAUACGGCAAACUGCGACCUGUGCGAGCAGCUCCUCCACCCCCAACGCAGCAGCACCACCGCCGGCCAACAGAGAAGAUUGAGGACGUGGAAAUCACUCUGGUGUAACGUUGGACUCGUUCCAUAGUAGUGCUACAAUCAAGACCAAACCCGGGAUUUGGUCGGUCUCGUUUUUAGGCACCUUUGCAUGAUGAAGACUUCGAAUAGAGCAAGAGAUAGGGAGGGUUUUUGGGACGGUGACAUGGCGGACUCCUUCCCACGCUCGUGAAUAUGUUGUGCCUUUUUUUUUGUUUUGUUUUGCUUUCUGUACAUCAUUCUUCCUCUCUUAGCACAAACCCGGGCGGGCCGAGCAGCGAGCGGAGGAUCGGCACCGAGCAGGUUUCUCUCUUGGCUGAAGAUGGUCAUUUUGAUGGGGAGGCUGAGAAGGAGCCUCCUGCUGCAGCCCAGUCGCGGCGCCCUUCCAUCACGUGCGUUAGUACAGUAUAUUACUGUUGCCAUAGGAAUGUGUUAAAGAUUGUCGAUUCUUCAAGUAGCGUUGCUUGUCUGAUUAGGUAUUAAUCAGAUCUAACGGAGUGAAAAAGGGAACUGAAGAAUGAGUGUAAGGAGAGGCUGGCUCCUCUUUAACGCCCUCGCGGCAGGAAGAAACAGGAAAAUAAUCUUAUAGGUAAGGAAAAGUGAUGCAGAUCGUACAGCGUUAAUUACAUUAAUGCACACCUCUUCAAUAAUUAACAGUUAAGCAGAACUAAAUGUUCUUUGUAUUAAUAUUUAUGCAGUACAUUUAGUAAUAGAGUAUCUAAUACGGAGGUGCUGAAUUAGUAGCAACAUCUUGUUCCAUAGCAUAAACCGACCGGUAGAGAAGUGAGAUUUUUGUCUAGAUCUGGAAAUUGAGCUUCUUUUUUUUUUUUUUUUUUUUCUUCUUAGCAGAUUUUGGGGGUUUUGUUUUGUAAGUGUUUGGCUGACUCUUUUCCCAGUUAUCGCCGCGUACUUUAUUAUCCCACGUUAGCAGUGUAUCUCUGUCACCAAACCCUCUGGCUGGAGUUAGGCUACAUGUCGCGUACGUACCUGCCAUGUUUAGGUUCUGCAUUGGAUGGCUCCGUAGCACUGAGCCCCAGAAGGAGCCUCGCACAGCUGCAGAGCUCCCUGCUGUCUGCAGACCUCCAGGCUGCUGCUGGGGCUGCGGUCCCGAAUUCCUCUCUCACAACAGAUAGGGAGAGAGGCUAUCAAAACGACUUUUAAACCUCUGGAAAGGAAACUCGGUUUUGUUGUUGUUCAAAAGAAAAGGGGAGAAAUGGUCAGAGGAGAGGGGAGGAGCAGAUGAAAGCAGGUUGUUCUUCAUCUGUGAGCAGUGAACUGUUGUUGGAAGAGCAGCACCCAUCAGAUGAAAGCUUCAGGCAUCACAAGGCUGUUUUCCCCUCUGUGAAUUCUGUGAGUGCGUUCUUUACGCGUUCGUUUUUUUCUACGCCAGUAACGGUUCUGCCUUUAGUUGAGUUCCAAGGGCUACUCUUUGAGGCUGCGUUCACAACAACCAUCCAACCAGAUUUUCUCGUCAACUGUGCACCUCCUGUGAGCCCCACCUGGGCUGCAUCUCCAAGUCUGCCCAUCUCCUUCCCCAGCGGCCACUGGGAGAAGAGAGCUCCUUGGUGGGUUCUGGAGCCGCUGACUGUCCAAUGAAGUCUUAUUCUUUCGCACCUCUCGUCCUGUUGAUCUGUUUGAGGUCUUUUUACGUGUUUAUCAAACUUGUUCUUAAGUUUAAAAA